AUGGCCAGCACAUACUCCUCGUUUCUGCAGUCCCCCUCCCCCUCCCACCUCGCCGAUGACGCCUCCCUUCACUACAUCACCACCACCACCUCCUUCACCUCCGCCCCCGCCAUCCUCAAGCACCUCGCCGCCCAAGCCAAGCAGGUGGUGAAGAAGGAGGAACGCGUGCUGCACACCGUCGAAGGAUCGCACACUCUCUUCCUCGAAACGCAAGCCACGCUGCAGUUCGACAAUGGCGGCGGCGCUUACCUGCCCGGCAUGGACCAGAACGUGCUGGACGAAAAGCUCGUCACCUUCCCCCUCCUGCACGUCGUCAACUUCACCUCCGACCAGAAGAUCUCCACCAUCCGUCUGCACUGGGAUCAGGCCACGUUGCUGAAGCAGGUCGAAGCCAUUGGACGCACCGGCCGCAACUGGCCCAUUCGUGAUGGCAAGGCACAGAUUGAGGCCAUUGCCUCCAGCUUGAAGGCAGGCGGUGCGGACGUGCACGCCAGCAGUAAUAAGACUCCCCUGAGCCCACGCCAUCCCAAUGAAGUCGUCAUCCGCCAGCACCAACGCGGUGACAGCAAGUCCGCCAACAACCGCGAUCCCCAAGACAUCUUCCUCCCGCGUGACACCAAUGCCAAUGCUGGAGCAUCCUACGACGGACCCAAACUCGCCCCUCGCGUCUCUGCGAAGCCUGCCCCUCGUGACUAUGGUGAACUCUUUGCGGGUGAAGACUCGCCCAAGACUGCUGCGUCAAAGAUCCGCAGCCCUUCUCCCAGCAAGGCGGACGGUGCCUUCAAAGCGGGGGCUGGCAAGCAUCAUACUGGUAACCGACUCUUCGACGAGAACGAUCCCGCUGCCACCGCCGCUGCCGGCACAUCAAUGAUCUCACCUGAGCGCAAGAAGACAUUGGAUCAAAAGUACCAGCACUUCUCGUUUGGUGAUGGCGAGGAUGCGCCGGAGGCCAAGCGUUCGGGAAGCAGGAACAUCAAGCACCAGCCGACCUUCAGCUUCGAGGACUUCACCACGCCGCUCAAGUACCGGCAGAAGGCCCGGCCGGAUGAUGAGGUGCAUUGGGGUGGGGAUCCUCCAUCUCCUCCCAUCCGCCCAAUCGUCCACGCACCACGCAAAGAUGCAGACACCCACUUUGUCCUCUCCGACGACGCCCCUCCCGCAGACGACAAGAGAACCCAUCCGGAGAUGAACAACAGAAAGCUCUACCACGACCCGGUAACAGAGGACAUCGGCGCAGACGAAACCGUCAAAGCCUCCAGCACGACCACAACAAACGUCAACAACGCCCGCCGCGGCACCGACUUCGACCAGCACUACACCAUGACCGACAACCCACAACCCACAUCCACAGCCUCGGCCGCGCAAACCGAACGUCCGUCCAGCAGCCGCGGCGGCCCGCGCACCGAUAUGGAGUCGCACUGGGCUUUCGACGACGCGCCCAAGGAACGCAAGAUUUACAAGACGGCGGGCGAUGGGAUGGGGGGACGGAAGGGCGGCGUUACUGGUGGAGCUAUCGGCAUGUAUGCUCAGACAGAGGAGCCGAAGAAGAUUUACAAGACUGCCGGGGAUGGGAUGGGGGGUAAGAAGGGGUCGGGCAGGUUGUGGGGAUUCGGGGAUGAUAGUGAUCCGGAGGCUAUUGAGGAUGCGAGGGUCCGAGGGAGGGCGGCGAGGGUUUGA